GUACCACUAUCACUGAUCACGCGUCUUCAGUAUUCAUCAUUGCCCUCUCAACUUUGUGUCUCCUUCAUCACUACCCAGCAGCUUCCGCUUACUUUCCUUUCUCUCUUCACAAAGAGUUUCUUAAUUGAUGUUAUUAAUUAACUGUUUAGUGUUAAUAACCACAACUCUUGUUCAGCACAUACAUACACUUCUUCAAACUUCAAACAUAUGGCGUCCGCCUCUUCUUCCACUUCAAUCCCACUACCACCACCACCAAGAUCAUGCACCUAUCACGUGUUCUUGAGUUUCAGAGGAGAAGACACUCGCACAGGUUUCACUGGCCAUCUCUAUGCGGCCCUCAACAGGAAGGGAAUCACAACCUACAAAGAUGACCAAAACCUUAGCAAAGGCCAUGUUAUUUCAAAAGAACUCCUCAAAGCAAUUGAAGAGUCGAUGUUUGCAGUUAUCGUUUUCUCACCGGAUUACGCUUCCUCCAGUUGGUGCUUGGAUGAACUCCAAAAGAUCAUGGAGUGUAAGAAACAGCUGGGGCUACAGAUCGAGGCAGUGUUCUACGGUGUGGAGCCUUGUGAUGUGAGGCACCAAAGAGGAACCUUUGAAGAAGCUUUGAAGAAACACGAACAGAGACAUGACAGUGAGAAGAUCAAGAGAUGGAGAGAUGCGCUAACACAAGUUGCUGCUCAUUCUGGUUGGACCUCCAAAAAUCAUAAUACAUUAAUUGAAUCAAUUUCUAAAAAUUUUUUACAAAUUUUAACCAUUAAACCAAGAGCUUGUCUUUCACAAAUGAUUGGCACCAAUUCAAGAGUGGAACAAGUGAUUACUCUCAUAGGUCUUGGAUUGAAUGAUGUUCGCUUUAUAGGCAUAUGGGGAAUGGGCGGCAUUGUAAGGGAGAACUGUGAGAAAAAAGAUAUUACUCACAUGCAAAAACAACUUCUUGAUCAAAUGAAUAUAAGUUCAAAUGCUGUUUAUAACGAGUAUGAUGGGAGGACAAUAAUUCAAAACUCUUUACGUCUCAAAAAGGUACUUCUUGUUCUUGAUGAUGUAAAUCAUGAAAAACAAUUAGAGGAUUUGGCUGGGGAGCAAGAUUGGUUUGGUCCUGGAAGCAGAAUAAUAAUUACAACUAGAGACAUAGAGGUGCUAAAGGGACCAGAGGUGCAUGAAACUUAUAAGGUUAAAGGGUUAGUGGAAAGUGAAGCCCUUAACCUCUUUUGUUUGAAAGCCUUUAAACAGCAGAAGCCUACAGAAGGGUUUUUGGAUUUGUCCAAAGAAGUAGUCAAAUAUAGCGGUGGUCUCCCACUGGCACUUAAAGUAUUGGGUUCCUAUCUUAAUGGCAGACCUACUAUUGCGGUUUGGUAUAGUGCUAUUGAAAGAAUAAAGAAGACUUCACAUUCUAAAAUUAUUGAUGUAUUGAAAAUAAGCUAUGAGGGUUUAGAAGAUACAGAAAAGGAUAUUUUUCUAGAUAUUGCUUGUUUCUUUAAAGGGAAUAAAAAAGAAUAUGUAACAAAGAUAUUAGAAGGAUGUGGUUAUCAGGCUGACAUUGGUCUUGAUAUUUUGAUUAACAGAACAUUGAUCACUAUAAAUAAAUAUGAUAAAUUGGGGAUGCAUGAUCUGCUUGAAGAAAUGGGCAAACAAAUUGUAAUUCAGGAAUCUCCGAAUGAUGCUUGUAACCGUAGCAGAUUGUGGUGUUGGGAGGAUGUUGAAUUUGUACUUACUCAAAAGGAGAAAACUAAAGCAACUCAUGGCAUCGUUCUACCUAUGGUGUAUUGGUGGAAUAGCGAGACUAAAGUGAAUUGGAGAGAUUUAUCUUUCUCAAAAAUGUGCCAGUUAAAGCUUCUCAUUUUAGAUGGCGUGAGAGCUCCCAUUCUCUGCCAUAUACCUUGUACAUUAAAGGUAUUUCGCUGGACAGAUUGUCCACUGAAAACUCUGCCCCUUACAGAUCAUCAACGCUAUGAGCUUGUUGAAAUUGAUUUGUCUUAUAGCGAAAUUGUAGAGUUAUGGGAUGGAAAGAAGGUUCUAGAAAAGUUAGAGCACUUGAAUCUGGUCGGGUGCAAACAGCUGAAGCAAACGCCAGAUCUUUCUAAGGCUUCCAAUCUUAAAGAACUUGAUCUUAGGGAAUGCGAGGAGCUGGAUUAUAUUCACCAGUCUCUCGCACAACACAAGAGGCUUGUUGAAUUGGGUUUAAGUGGAUGUAGGAGUCUUGAAACACUUGGAGAAAAAUUGGACAUGAGUUCACUCGAGAUACUAGAUCUAUCUAAGUGCAGUAGUUUGAGAAGACUGCCAGAUCUUUCUGGGGCUCCCAAUCUUAAAAUACUUUAUCUUCGGAAAUGCAAGGAGCUGGAUUAUAUUCACCCGUCUCUUGCACACCACAAGAGGCUUGUUGAAUUGGAUUUAGGGCAAUGUAAGAGUCUUGAAACACUUGGAGAUAAAUUGGAGAUGAGUUCACUCGAGACACUAUAUCUUAAUGGCUGCAGUAGUUUGAGAAGACUGCCAGAAUUUGGGGAAUGCAUGAAACAGUUAUCGAUUCUUAUUCUGAAAUAUUCAGGCAUAGAAGAGCUACCCCCAACGCUUGGAAAUUUGGCUGGCGUGUCUGAGUUGGACUUAACUGGAUGCAGCAAGAUUACUGGUCUUCGCUUAUCACUUUCACUAGGAUGUUUCGUUGGCCUUAAAAAGUUGGUGUUAGGUGGGUUAGAGUCCCUCACAGUCAGAGCUGAUUAUGAUGAUUCUGACACCUCAUCUAGACAAGAGUCGACCCUUUCCUGUGAUAUUGCCCACUUAGCAUCGUUGACGGAUUUGGAUUUAUGUCUUAACAGAUUUUUAAGAGUUCCAAUAAGUAUCCAUCAACUUCCCAGACUUACACGUCUGAACCUAUCUCUAUGCAAUGAAUUGAAGGUUUUACCAGAGCUUCCAUCAGGUCUAAGAGAAUUAGACGCACAGGGUUGUUAUUCACUGGAUAAAUCAUAUGUUGAUGAUGUCAUAUCAAAGGCAUGUUGUGGCUUUGCAGAAUCAGCUAGCCAAGAUCGUGAAGACUUCUUGCAAAUGAUGAUCACAGGGGAGGAAAUUCCAGCAUGGUUUGAGCAUCAGGAAGAAGAUGACGGAGUAUCAGUGUCAUUCCCGCAGAAUUGCCCUUCAAUUGAAACCAUCGCACUUGCUCUCUGUUUCCUAAUUGAUAUUGAAUAUCUUGACCCAGUAAUGCCAUCGGUGAUCUGCAACGGUAAAAAAUUCAUCAAGGCGAGUUUCGAGAUGUGGGUUGAUUCAGAUACUUUGUUCAUUGUGUGCGUAAACGGUUACUAUUUUAGUAAGCUGUUAUGCCAACACAAUCGCUUCCAAUUGUUAUUUCCAGAUUAUGACUAUCUUGAUAUUCGAGUAAAGAGAUGUGGAGCACGUUGGGUGUGCAAGCAAGACAUUCAAGAUUUCAAGAAAACAAAAUCCCAAACAGGGAAAAGAAAAAGAAACUCUUGAAUGGAACAUGGACAUGAUCUCACAUUCUUCAGCUUCUAGAAAUAAGAUGAUCGUGGUUGACUCUCCAGUGUACGAAGAAGAGAUAGAGCGAACCGCCACAGCGGAGGGCGCUAUUCGCCAUUUGGCAUUUCGCAAAAGCUCUGACCCACCUCAACUCUUACCGGUCUUCCCUUUGCAUCCCAGUUCUCAUAGCUCAUGACGCAGCUUUCUCAAUAUAUUACAUGUAUCAUUGCCAAGCUUAGAUCUCCUCAGCUAAA